CCAAGGAAAGAUGGCCGCCGCGUAGCGACAUCAGCCCUCAUUGGCUCACAGCGUCUGGAAGCUAUCUAGCCUUUCUAUGGAUAUCUAUGGUUUUAUUUCCCUAAACGCGGUUCAUCUCCAGCUGAACUCUCUGAUGUCUGAUUUUUCCUCUGGAACCCAAACGCCUCUCUGUCUAACUUUCACUUUCGUUCUUCCAAAGUUGCGUCGCAGUUUACGUCCUCUGGUCCAUCCUGCUUUGUGAAGCCUGUGGAGGAGGCGGAAUGAGGAGCUCAUAGAUAUAUACAAACGCUAGAUGUCUCAAGACGGAGUCUGCGUCGUCGUCACUUGGCGGCCAUCUUAGGACAGGGGACUGCUCUGGCGCACUGUACUGUAGUCAAUGGUAAGGUGGAUGAUUUCCUCACUUUAACACUCAUAACUCGCUCAAUUCUUGAUUGAUUUACAAACGGUUUAGUUUAUUACAAACCUUAUUAACGUGGCUAUGAUUCGGGCUCAAUUCCGAAAUCGCAGCUUUUCGUUUUGAAAGAUGUGGCAUAGUUGUGUGUCUUUUCUGCCUGGCUACUCACAUUGAAGAUGGUGUUACUCACAAUCUGAUUUUCAAUUAUUAGGUUUUCCUGAGACCAACGUUUUUUGAGAACCGAAUCUUUAGGCGAAAUUACAUUCUUUGUGGUUGUGGUUGUAUUUAUUUGCUUGUUAAGAGACUUUGAUUGAGACCUUAGACUUAUUGUUUGUAUACAUCUAUGCCUGGAUUAGUUAGCCUGCAGCCGAAAUGCAUUGUGGGUAAUGUAGGCACCAGGUUCAUGAAAAGAAAAGACAACAUCUCUGUUUGUUGUGCAUUGAUUUUGGUUGAGCUUUGUUUUUAUCUGUGCAUUAGAAAGCUGAUAGUAAUAAAAAAAGUGCAAUGCUAAAUAAUAAAAUUACAUUUACAUCCAUUUAUGCUGAAAAAAGAUGAUAUCUGUGUUCAUUAUUAUAUGAAUUCAAUGGUUUUAAUUAUUCUUAUGUAAGCAGUAAAACAAGUACAUCUCUGACGUUUAUAACAAACCAAGCUGUUGUAAAAUCGGUUGAAAAUUGAUCAAUCUACAGUGAUUUUAAAAUCCAUGCUCCAUUGACUUUAAUGUUAUGAGUGAUCGAGCAGCCCUGUCCCAAGAUGGCCGCCAUGUGGCGACGUUGCUCCCCAUAGGCUGACAGCGCUCAUGAGCCAUCUAGGGUUUGUAUAUAUCUAUGGAGGAGCUGCUCCAAGCCGUUCAGGGAUGCUCUUCACGUUCACGUUCAGUUGGAACACCAGCGUAAUUGAUGACGACACCGCCUCAGUUCUUCUGCUCCGGUUAUUUACCGCGGUCAAACUAGCCCUCACUUGGAAAAGCGGUGCGCGCAUAUACUAAACAGUACGUCAAGAGCGAUCUUUUUUAAAUUGCCGUUAUUAUUCAAGGGUGUGACAUCCGCUAAGAGUCACGUUGGUCGGAUGUGGAAUUUCAGAAUAAAAGCCCCCUGAACAGCCAUAUUUAUUUAGAUAUAUCAUGUUCAUUAGCAUUCAUAUUUCUCCCAAACUGCCUGUUAUUAUUCGACUGUUCCACUUCAGAUUGAUAGUACUCCACCUCAGGAAGACACAGAGUCAAAAUCAGGUCAAUCUGAUGUGGAUUUCCGGAAUAAAAGCCCCCUGAAAAGCCAUAUUUGUAUAUAUAUAUCAUGUUCAUUAGCAUUCAUAUUUCUCCCAAACUGCCCGUUAUUAUUCAACUGUUCCACUUCAGAUUGAUAGUACUCCACCUCAAGAAGACACCAUGUCAAAAUCAGGUCAAUCUGAUGUGGAAUUUCAGAAUAAAAGCCCCCUGAAAUGGCAUAUUUAUGUAUAUAUCAUGUACAGUAGCAUUCAUAUUUCUUCCAAACUGACGGUUAUUAUUCAACUGUUUCACAUCAGAUUGCCACUACUCCACCUCAAGAAGACACCGAGUGAAAAUCAGGUCAAUCUGAUGUGGAAUUUCAGAAUAAAAGCCCCCUGAAAAGCCCUAUUUAUUUAGAUAUAUCAUGUACAUUAGGAUUAAUAUUUCUCCCAAACUACCUGUUAUUAUUCCACUUUUACACUUCAGAUUGAUAGUAGUCCACUUCAGGAAGACACCAUCUCAAAAUCAGGUCAAUCUGAUGUGGAAUUUCAGAAUAAAAGCCCCCUGAAAAGCCAUAUUUAUUUAGAUAUAUCAUGUACAUUAGCAUUCAUAUUUCUCUCAAACUGCCCGUUAUUAUUCAACUGUUCCACUUCAGACUGAUAGUACGCGACCUCAAGAAGACACCGAGUGAAAAUCAGGUCAAUCUGAUGUGGAAUUUCAGAAUAAAAGCCCCCCCAAAAUGGCAUAUUUGUAUAUAUAUAACAUGUACAUUAGGAUCAAUAUUUAAGUACGACUCUGAAGUCCGGACUCUGGACUCCAGAGGACGCAUCCCGGUUCAUGUUCAGUUGGAACACCAGCGUAAUUGAUGACGUCACCGCCUCGGUUCUUCUGCUCCGGUUAUUUUUACCGUGAAAAACAACCAAAUAGAAUCAGAUAUAAUAACACAGCCUUGCGUGUUCACGUUUUAAUAUGAAAACAGUUAUUGUGGAGAUAUAUUCAGGUUUGUAAGAUCGUUAAUAAACUUUUUAAAAAAUAUUUUAGAGCCGCUGAUUUAUUGACAGCUGUAGUUUGUGAUGAACUGAACCGCCUCAUUCUCAGUUCUAUCAGUGGAUCCACUAAAACUUUUCAGAAAGUGAUAUAAUUUGACAGAAGCAACAGCACAAAACAUCGUUGUUUCAGUCCCAAAUGUGUGCAGUAAAAGUCAUUGAAAGCUGCAUGUUAACAAACAGAUUUGAAGUGAUUAGUGAUGGGGCUGCUGUCUCUUUUUGAUCAGCAAUAAAAGUAAAUAUCCCAUAAAAAUACAAAGCCACCAGUGAGAGAAAAAGUCCAACUCCCAGUGCAACCUGCAGGUGGAGACGCUGAACUUCAGGCCCAUAAAGACGUGAACAGCUCAGGAUGUCUCUCUGCAUCACAGCUUUGGUUCACUCUGCAGAGCUCCAGCUCACUGAUCACACCUGAGAGAGUUUGAUCCUAAUUAGUGGAGAAAACAUGUUGAUCAGCUGACAGCGUUCUUCUUUCAGUGCUGGAACAACAACUGCAGCAGCAACGUGUCUCUGAUCAGUCUGUCCACAGCUCUGUUAGUAAAUGUGUCUUCAGCUGAGCAGCAUCAGAACAUGAGUUGAAGGAAGGAAACCCCACAGCCAGGUGGAGUUACCUGUAGUCAUGUGAUCUCCAGGAAACAGAGGAGCAGCUCUGAGUGACUUUAGAGCAGAAGAAUGAGGAAAUGAACAGUUCAGAUCCAUUUUACAGCCGACAGAGGAGGACUACAGGACCGACUGAAGUCCACAAGAUGAGUGAUUCUGAGGAGGAGGAGGAGUUUCCAUCCUCCAGCCGUCUGUCCAUGAAGAGUGACCGGUCCAAAGGAAAACCUCCAGACUUCAGUAAAGAACCUGAACCCUCAGACACAAAAGUUCAGAUCCACAGACAGAGAUCAGAGUUUCCAGCCUCCAGCCGUCUGUCCAUGAAGAGUGACCGGUCCAAAGAACGUCCUCCAGACUUCAGUAAAGAACCUGAACCCUCAGACACAAACAGACAGAGAUCAGAGUUUCCAGCCUCCAGCCGUCUGUCCAUGAAGAGUGACCGGUCCAAAGGAGAAACUCCAGACUUCAGUAAAGAACCUGAACCCUCAGACACAAAAGUGAUGAAGAGGAGGAGAGUUUGUGUGGAGGAGCAGCCGUCCUGCUGUGCUCGGUGUCAGGACGUCCUGAAGGAUCCAGUCUCUAGCAGCUGUGGACACUGGUUCUGCAGACAGUGCAUCAGCUCAGACUGGGACCAGUCUGCUCCAUCAGGACACUCCUCCUGUCCCCAGUGUGGAAAAAGAUCCAGAAGCAGCAGCUGUGGACAAAGUGUUGGUCUGCAGGAGGUUCUGCAGGAACAUAAGAUGAGUCUGAGGAGGAGAUGUGAACAUGUGACUGAAGGAAGUGAUGAAGCAGGAGGUGGAACCCUCCUCAACAGGAUCUACACUGAGCUCUACAUCACAGAGGGACACAGUGGAGAGGCUGAUGUCCAACAUGAGGUGGAGCAGCUGGAGACAGCUUCCAAGAAGAGGCUCCAUGACACUCCCAUCAGGUGCCAGGACAUCUUUAAAGCCUUACCUGAGCAGCAGAGAGCCAUCAGAGUGGUCCUGACCAACGGCGUGGCCGGCGUGGGAAAAACCUUCUCAGUGCUGAAGUUCACUCUGGACUGGGCAGAGGGCGGAGAAAACCAAGACGUCAGUGUGGUGGUGGUGCUUCCGUUCAGGGAGCUGAACUUGAUCAGAGAUGAGCAGCACAGUCUUCUCACGCUGCUCCAUGUUUUCCAUCCAACAUUACAGAAGGUGACGGCAGAGCAGCUGGCUGUCUGUAAACUUUUGUUCAUCUUUGACGGUCUGGAUGAAAGCAGACUUUCACUGGAUUUCACCAACAGGAAGGUUGUGUCUGACGUCAGCCAGAAGUCAUCGCUGGACGUUCUGCUGGUCAACCUCAUGGAGGGGAAUCUGCUUCCCUCGGCUCUGGUCUGGAUCACUUCCCGCCCUGCGGCAGCCAAUCAGAUCCCUCCUAAACGUGUGGACAGGUUCACAGAAGUACGAGGCUUCACCGACGUCCAGAAGGAGGAGUACUUCAGGAGGAGGAUCAGUGAUGAAGAGCGCUCCAGAACAAUCAUCUCCCACAUGAAGACAUCCAGGAACCUCCACAUCAUGUGUCGACUCCCAGUGUUCUGCUGGAUCACUGCUGCAGUUCUGGAGCACAUGUUGAGCACAGAGCAGAGAGGAGAGCUGCCCCAGACCAUGACUGAGAUGUUCUCACACUUCCUGCUGGUUCAGACACAGAGGAAGAAGAAGAAGUACCAUGAGGGACCUGAGACGAGUCCACAGGAGCAGACGGAGGCUGACAGGGAAGUUCUUCUGAAGCUGGGGAGGCUGGCCUUUGAACAUCUGGAGAAAGGAAACAUCAUGUUCUACCGAGAAGACCUGGAGCAGUGUGGUCUGGAUGUGACAGAGGCCUCGGUGUUGUCAGGAGUUUGUACCCAGAUCUUCAGAAGAGAGUGUGAGAUGUUCCAGAAACCAGUCUACUGCUUUGUUCAUCUGAGCAUUCAGGAGUUUCUGGCUGCAGUCUACGUGUUCCACUGUUACACCAACAGGAAGACGGAGGUUCUGGAGAAGUUCCUGAGAGAAGAACGGAAAGAUCUUUAUGUUGAAGAUGAAGAUGAUGAUGAUAAGGUGAAAGAGGAGGAUAACACAGACAUCUCAUCCCUGGAUGUUUUCCUGAACAGAGUCAUGGAGAAAUCCCUCCUCAGUAGAAAUGGUCACCUGGACCUGUUUGUUCGCUUCCUUCAUGGCCUCUGUCUGGAGUCCAACCAGAGACUCUUAGGAGGUCUGCUGGGUCGGACAGAGAACCGUCCAGAAAUUAUCCAGAGAAUCAUCAACAACCUGAAGGAGAUGAACAGUGAUGGAAUGUCUCCAGACAGAAGCAUCAACAUCUUCCACUGUCUGAUGGAGAUGAAGGAUCUUUCAGUUCAUCAGGAGAUCCAAGAGUUCCUGCAGUCAGAGAACAGAUUAGAGAAGGAACUCUCUGAUAUCCACUGCUCAGCUCUGGCCUACAUGCUGCAGAUGUCAGAGGAGGUUCUGGAUGAGGUGGACCUGAACAAGUACAGAACAUCAGUGGAGGGAAGACGGAGACUGAUUCCAGCUGUGAGGAACUGCAGAAAGUUUCGACUUCAUGUCUAUGAUCUCUCAGAGACUCACUGUGAAGUCGUGGCCUCAGCUCUGAAGUCCAACCCCUCCCAUCUGAUAGAACUGGACCUGAGCUGGAACAACCUGCAGGAUUCAUCAGUGAAGCAUCUUUGUGAUGGACUGCAGAGUCCAAACUGUAAACUGGAGACUCUCAGAUUGGAGGACUGCAGUGUGUCAGAGAUCAGCUGUGACUCUCUGGUCUCAGCUCUGAAGUCCAACCCCUCACAUCUGGAACAUCUGGACCUGAGUGGAAACUACCUGCAGGAUUCAGGAGUGAAACAUCUGAGUGGUUUUGUGGAGAGUCCAGACUGCAUCCUGAAGACUCUGAGAUUGAAGGACUGCUGUUUUUCAGAGAUAAGCUGUGAUUCUCUGGUCUCAGCUCUGAAGUCCAACCCCUCACAUCUGGAACAUCUGGACCUGAGCUGGAACGACCUGAAGGAUUUAGGAGUGAAACAUCUGAGUGGUUUUGUGGAGAGUCCAGACUGCAUCCUGAAGACUCUGAGAUUGAAGGACUGCAGUUUGUCAGAGAUCAGCUGUGAUUCUUUGGUCUCAGCUCUGAAGUCCAACCCCUCACAUCUGGAACAUCUGGACCUGAGUGGAAACUACCUGCAGGAUUCAGGAGUGAAACAUCUGAGUGGUUUUGUGGAGAGUCCAGACUGCAUCCUGAAGACUCUGAGAUUGGAGGACUGCAGUUUGUCAGAGAUCAGCUGUGAUUCUCUGGUCUCAGCUCUGAAGUCCAACCCCUCACAUCUGGAACAUCUGGACCUGAGCAGGAACGACCUGAAGGAUUCAUCAGUGAAACAUCUGAGUGGUUUUGUGGAGAGUCCAGACUGCAUCCUGAAGACUCUGAGAUUGAAGGACUGCAGUUUGUCAGAGAUCAGCUGUGAUUCUCUGGUCUCAGCUCUGAAGUCCAACCCCUCACAUCUGGAACAUCUGGACCUGAGCCUCAACGACCUGAAGGAUUCAGGAGUGAAACAUCUGAGUGGUUUUGUGGAGAGUCCAGACUGCAUCCUGAAGACUCUGAGAUUAAGGGAAUGCAGUUUGUCAGAGAUCAGCUGUGAUUCUCUGGUCUCAGCUCUGAAGUCCAACCCCUCACAUCUGGAACAUCUGGACCUGAGCUGGAACAACCUGAAGGAUUCAUCAGUGAAACACCUGUUAGAUCUUGUGGAGAGUCCAGACUGCAGCCUGAAGACUCUGAGCUGGCCGUGAUGCUGAUCAGGACGGUGUUUGUGGUGAGAGGAUGAAGUGUGUCCUGAUGAUCCAGAGGUUGAAGCAGCAGCUGGUGUGUAGAGACUCUGACUGGACCAUGUUACUGGGAGGUGGACUGGGAACCAGUGUGUGUGUAUUUUUUUCCAUAAAAGGUCAUUUUGUUCACAUUUUUGUUCAUUUUGGAGUCAGAGAGAGCAAACUUUACAUGUGAAUCCAUCCAUUUUCAUUCAUUUGGUUUUGUGCAUGUUAAAGCUCAGUAAAUGGUUAAUUUCUUUUUUUUAUGACAAAAAGUUUUAUUUUUUGUCUUUUUUUCAUGUUGAUAUCUGUGGCUUCCAUAAAAAUAAAGCAGAUUUUCAACAUUUUAA